UGUUGAUUGAUCUUCCAAGUAAUAGAACUUUUCAUUCUUAUUGAAAUCAUCGACAUGUCGGAGUAUAUUGGGUCGAAAGUGGCCAUUCCAGGAACUCGUGGUUAUGGGACAUUGAAGUAUUAUGGACCAAUAGAAGGGAAACAAGGUCUUUUCGCUGGUAUUGAAUUAACUGGACCAAUUGCUGCUUCAAGAGGUAAAAAUAACGGAUCAGUUAAUGGGAUUCAGUAUUUUGAUGUUAUUCAACCAAUGUCGGGGCUUUUCCUACCAAUUGAUCGAUUAAAACAGGCCAAUCCGCAAAUUGGAGGAUCCAAAUAUAAUGAUUUAAAGUUAAAAUAUGAUAUAAAUGAACGAGAAAUGAAUGAAAAAAUGGAAAUAUUAAAUGAAUUGAGAAUUACAGUUAAUGAUUUACAACCUUUAUUAGAAGAAUACGAAAUUGAUAUUUCAGAAAAGGAUAAAAAAUUAUCAAGACAAAAAUCAGAAUUUGAAAGAGCUCGUGAAGAAUGGAGAUCUAGUAUUCAAUUAUUAGUUAAUACCCAUGAAGAAACUGAAAUUUUAUACGAUCAAAAAUUUAGAGAAUUAAGAGAAUAUAUUGAACGACUUUUAAAAGAAAAAGAUGAUAUAUCAAAUAAUAAUCAAAUAACCACUCCAACUUCAAAUUCAUCAUCAAAAAAAAUUUAUCAUGGAGAUGAUCAUGAAUCAGAAAUUGAAAGAUUAAAUUUAGUUAUUCAUGAUUUAAAUCUGGAACAUCAUUUAUUAGAGAAAAAUUACACUGCUAAAAUACAAAAUGAUUUAAAUCACCAAUUAGAAAUUAGACCUACUUUUGAAGAACUCUCCGAUUUACAAAAGUCUUUGGAUGAAUUAGAUACUCUACAUGAAAAUGAGUUAAAUACCAAAUCAACUCAAAUAAAUUCUUUAUCAGAAUCAAAUAAAGAUUUGGAAAAUCAAUUAAAUGAUUUCAAACAAAAAAAUAUAGACUUGGAAGAUAAAAUAAAAACUUUACAAGAAUUGAAUCAAUCUUCUCUGAUUCAAUUGGAGUCGGAGAACAUUGCCCCUAAUAGUCUGGAUGGUUUACCAAUUUAUAAACCAGCUGCCCCCAUUGAUCCAAGUGCCGGUAAAGAUGAUUGGUGUGGAUUAUGUGAAAGAGAUGGUCACAGUAGUAUUAAUUGUCCUUAUGAAAAUGACGUUUUCUAACUUUUUUUUUUUUCUUUCUACUAUUAUUUUAAUACACCUUAUUUCGUUAAAUGAUCCUUUUCCCGUAUAGAUGCUAUUUCGUUGGUGACAAAAUUAUUUUGAGUAUCAGCCCAUGCAAUAUAAUUAAGAUCGGGGUAAUUUUCAUCUUGUAAAUUAUCUAGCCUCAAAGACAUCAAGUUUUCAAUUAAUUCAUCAUUAUCCCUACUUGAAU